UCCUUCAUUCAUUCACUCUUUCUAUUUCUCAUUUCUUCUUUCUGUUUCAUUCCUUUGUAUUCAUUUUCUCUUUUGUUCCAAAAUCCUAAGAGUUAAUCAUGGCCGUUGAAUCUGAGUUUCUUCAAGUAGCUCCUUCUUCGGUUGAUGAGAAGAGCUUCAAUCCUGUUCAGUUAAUAGAAGAAAUGACCGAAAACCCUGACCCCUACCAAGAGAGGACUCUAGCUGAAAUUCUGAAACAAAACGCAGAGACAGAGUACUUGAAACUGUUUGGACUUAACGGUGCAACUGACCGUGAAACGUUCAAGUCUAAGGUUGCUCUUGUAACCUACGAGGAUGUGUUGCCUUUUAUUCAACGCAUUGCUAAUGGUGACCGUUCUCCAAUCUUGUGCGCUCAUCCAAUCUCUGAAUUUCUGACUAGUUCAGGAACAUCAGCUGGUGAGAGAAAAUUGAUGCCGACAAUUGCUGAAGAAAUGGACCGUCGUCAGUUUCUGUACAGUCUUCUGAUGCCAGUGAUGGAUCAAUAUGUGCCUGAUUUGGACAAAGGAAAAGCACUUCACUUCCUUUUUAUCAAAGCAGAAACAAAGACUCCAAGUGGUUUAGUAGCACGUCCAGUUCUCACAGCCUAUUACAAAAGUGAACAAUUUAAGAAUAGACCAUUUGACCCUUACAACGUUUUAACAAGCCCAAAUGAAGCCGUUCUAUGUCUCGAUUCAUAUCAAAGCAUGUACACUCAAAUGCUAUGUGGGCUCAUCAUGCGCCACCAAGUACUAAGAGUUGGAGCUGUUUUUGCUUCUGGGCUUCUUCGAGCCAUUAGAUUCCUUCAACUUAAUUGGGCCCAAUUAGCCCAUGACAUCUCCACCGGAACCCUAAACCCCAAAAUCACUGACCCAUCCAUCAAAGAAUGCAUGUCCAAAAUACUGAAACCCGAUCCCGAACUCGCGAAUUUCCUAACGAAAGAAUGUUCUGGAGAAAAUUGGGAACGUAUAAUCCCAAGAAUUUGGCCUAAUACAAAGUACCUUGAAGUUAUAGUGACAGGUGCUAUGGCUCAAUACAUUCCAACUCUUGAUUAUUACAGUGGUGGGCUUCCUAAGCCUUGUACAAUGUACGCUUCAUCUGAGUGUUACUUUGGGCUUAACCUAAAGCCCAUGAGUGAGCCAUCUGAAGUUUCUUACACCAUCAUGCCAAACAUGGGUUACUUUGAAUUUUUACCACAUGACGACUCAUCACCUAUUACCCUCUCACGUGACUCACCACCAAAACUUGUGGAACUUGCUGACGUGGAAAUUGGAAAAAGCUAUGAACUAAUUAUAACAACUUACUCGGGUCUUUGUCGUUACCGCGUUGGCGAUAUUCUUCAAGUAACCGGUUUCCAUAAUAAUGCCCCGCAAUUCAAAUUCGUGAGACGUAAGAACGUGUUGUUGAGCAUCGAUGCGGAUAAAACAGACGAAUCUGAACUUCAAAAAGCGAUCGAAAACGCUUCCGAGUUGUUGAAGAUUCAAUACGAGCGUCGCGCGGAAACGAAAUCGAUCCCUGGACAUUACGUGAUUUAUUGGGAGCUUUUAAUAAAGGAUUCGUCAAAUCCUCCAAGCGAUGAAGUUUUGAAUGAAUGCUGUUUGGUGAUGGAAGAGAGUUUUAAUACGGUUUAUAGGCAGGGAAGAGUUGCUGAUAAUUCGAUUGGGCCGUUAGAGAUACGUGUGGUUAAAAAUGGCACGUUUGAGGAGUUAAUGGAUUAUGCUAUAUCGCGUGGUGCAUCGAUUAAUCAGUAUAAAGUUCCUAGGUGCGUGAGUUUCACGCCCAUAAUGGAGCUUCUUGAUUCUAGGGUGCUUUCGGUUCAUUUUAGCCCUGGUUUACCUCAUUGGACCUCAGAACGACGUCGUUGAUCUUCAAACGUGUAUAACAUGCACCCAUGCAUUGCACGAGCUCUUUCCGUAAUAAUAAUAAUAAUAAUAAUAAAAGGGAAAGCCAUGUAAAAAAUGCGUGUCUGUGUGUAUGUUUUGUUAACUAUUUUGUUUUGAUUAUAAAUUAAGUAUGUCAAAUUUUAGUUGAUUAGAUAUUUCAGAAGUGCUUAAUGUUUUCUUCUUUUUAUUUUAAUAAUAAGUUUCUUUUUGGGUAUGGAUUUGUUUAAAGUUAUUCCUUUUAACUUUUAAUGUCUGUGAUAUUAGUUCGAUAUAUGGUUCAAAUGGAACUGUUGUCGUGCAAA